AUGGCCGCGGCCGCCCUGCAACAAACCCCUAUCACUUUCCAGUCCCGGUCAUCGCCCUCCUCCCAAAUCCAUUCCAGACACACUGUCAAAUUGUCCCUCUCCACCGGCCUCAAGCUCCCAAAACUCACGAUCAAGCCCCUCAUCCGCCGCAACCGCGGCGGAGGUGGUGCAUCUGGAGCCAGAAUGGCUGACUCUGCCGCCGGAAGCUACGCCACUGCCCUAGCUGAUGUUGCGAAGUCCAACAACACCCUCGAGCAAACCUCUGCUGACAUCGAAAAAAUCGAGAAAUUCUUAUCCGACCCAGGCGUCCUAUAUUUCUUCACAAACCCCACCAUAGACGAAGAAAAGAAGAUUGAAAUAGUCGACGAAAUUGCCAAAUCUUCAAGCCUGCAGCCCCAUGUCGUCAACUUCCUAUACAUUCUCGUAGACAUGAAGAGAAUUGAUUUGAUUAAGGACAUUUUGGAAGAAUUCGAAAUUGUUUACAACAAAUUUACGAACACUGAACUCGCAAUUGUCACUUCAGUUGUGAAAUUGGAGACCCAGCAUUUGACCCAGAUCGCGAAAGAAGUUCAGAAAUUGACUGGCGCAGAGAAUGUGAGAAUCAAAACUGUUAUUGACCCUUCACUAGUAGCUGGAUUCACUAUAAGGUAUGGAAGUUCUGGGUCAAAAUUGAUUGACAUGAGUGUGAAGAAGCAACUUGAAGAAAUUGCUGCUCAGUUGGAGAUUGGUGAUAUUCAAUUAGCUGCAUGA